UAUGCAUACUUUAAACUGCAUGAAGCCUUGAUGACUUGCCUCAGGAUUAAUCCACUACUACAGAGAGAUAGGAUUUGAGGUCUUACACAAAACCGAGAGUCAGGGGACAACUGUCAGCUUCCUGCUCUUUCAUUUCUUGAUAUCUGAAGAGGUAGCAGGUUUUACUUUAUUUUAUUAUGAAUGAACAGGAUUAUGAGGAAGGCGGGCCAAGCAUGGGAGAUGGGAUCCCAAAGGAAAGUAGCCCAUUUAUUAACAGUGCUGAGAUGGACAGAGAAAACAUCUAUGAAGGGAAAAAUAUGGCUCUCUUUGAGGAAGAAAUGGAUAGCAACCCCAUGGUAUCAUCUCUUCUUAAUAAGCUAGCAAAUUAUACAAAUCUAACUCAGGGAGUGGUAGAACAUGAAGCAGAUGAAGACAGCAAGCGAAAAGAAAUCAAGGCUCCACGAAUGGGCACUUUUAUUGGUGUGUAUCUUCCCUGCUUGCAAAAUAUUUUGGGAGUAAUCCUUUUCCUACGUUUGACGUGGAUUGUUGGAACAUCUGGAAUUCUUGAAUCUUUCAUCAUUGUGUUCAUGUGCUGUGCUUGUACUAUGCUAACUGCAAUUUCAAUGAGUGCAAUAGCAACAAACGGUGUAGUUCCAGCUGGUGGUUCUUACUAUAUGAUUUCAAGAUCUUUAGGGCCAGAAUUUGGUGGAGCAGUGGGACUCUGUUUUUACUUGGGUACAACUUUUGCAGGAGCCAUGUAUAUUCUUGGUACCAUUGAAAUUUUGUUGACAUAUAUUUCUCCCAGUGCGGCUAUAUUUAACGCAGAAGAUGCUGAUGGAGAAACAGAGGCCAUGUUGAACAACAUGAGAGUUUACGGGACGUGUAUCAUUGCUCUGAUGGCCAUAGUAGUCUUUGUAGGAGUCAAAUAUGUUAACAAACUUGCACUGGUCUUCCUAGCAUGUGUGAUUCUUUCCAUCUUUGCCAUUUAUGCUGGUGUUAUUAAAACUGCUUUUGACCCACCAGACUUUCUUAUUUGUCUUCUUGGAAACCGUACAUUAUCAAGACGCAACUUUGAUAUUUGUGCCAAAUUUAUUGAGGUAAACAAUGAAACAGUGACAACAAAGCUAUGGAGUCUCUUCUGUGACGGUCCCUCGCUCAAUGCCACUUGUGAUGAGUACUUCAGCCUAAAUAAUGUUACAGAAAUUCAAGGGAUUCCUGGAAUUGCUAGUGGAGUCCUAAUUGAUAACUUGUGGAGUGUCUAUACGGACAAAGGGUCAAUUGUUGAAAAACAAGGUCAACCAUCAGUUAGUGGAAUAGAAGAGACAAAAGCUGGAGGCUUUCCAUAUGUUUUUACAGACAUUAUGACCUACUUCACAAUGCUAGUAGGGAUUUAUUUCCCAUCUGUGACAGGUAUUAUGGCAGGUUCAAACAGAUCUGGAGACCUAAGGGAUGCUCAGAAAUCUAUCCCAACUGGAACAAUUUUGGCAAUUUCAACUACAUCCUUUAUCUAUCUAUCCUGCAUUGUAUUGUUUGGUGCAUGUAUAGAAGGUGUAAUAUUAAGAGAUAAGUUUGGAGAAGCAGUUAAUGGAAACCUAGUGAUUGGUACACUGGCAUGGCCUUCUCCAUGGGUAAUUGUAAUUGGUUCAUUCUUCUCUACAUGUGGUGCUGGUCUACAGAGUCUUACUGGUGCACCUCGGCUAUUGCAGGCUAUUGCGAGAGAUGGCAUAAUACCAUUUCUUCAAGUAUUUGGUCAUGGAAAAGCAAAUGGUGAACCAACUUGGGCAUUACUUCUCACUGCUUGUAUAUGUGAGAUAGGAAUUCUCAUAGCUUCAUUGGAUAGUGUAGCACCAAUUCUUUCAAUGUUUUUUCUAAUGUGCUACAUGUUUGUGAACUUGGCCUGUGCAGUGCAAACUCUUUUAUGCACUCCAAACUGGAGACCUCGUUUCAAGUAUUACCAUUGGUCUCUUUCGUUCCUGGGGAUGAGUUUAUGUUUUGCCUUGAUGUUCAUUUGCUCUUGGUACUAUGCUUUGAUUGCCAUGCUAAUUGCAGGAUGUAUUUACAAGUACAUAGAAUAUAGAGGAGCGGAAAAAGAGUGGGGAGAUGGAAUCAGGGGUUUAUCCUUGAAUGCAGCUCGCUACGCUUUACUUCGGGUUGAACAUGGUCCUCCUCACACAAAAAACUGGAGACCUCAAGUCUUGGUUUUGUUGAAUUUGGACUCUGAACAGACAGUUAAACACCCUAGAUUGCUUUCUUUAACCUCUCAGUUGAAGGCUGGUAAAGGAUUGACUAUUGUGGGUUCUGUACUCCAGGGAAUCUACUUGGAUAGAUAUAUAGAAGCUCAAAAAGCUGAGGAGAAUGUUAAGUCCUUAAUGAGUCUAGAAAAGACCAAAGGAUUUUGCCAGAUCGUGGUGUCUCCCAGUCUUAGAGCUGGAAUGUCCCAUUUGAUUCAGUCUGCUGGUCUGGGAGGGAUGACUCAUAAUACAGUCCUGAUGGGCUGGCCACAGUCAUGGAAACAGACAGAUAAUCCUUUCUCAUGGAAAAACUUUGUUGAUACAGUACGAGAAACAACAGCAGCACAACACGCUCUGCUGGUUGCUAAAAACAUUGAUUUGUUCCCAGCAAAUCAAGAGCGCUUUUCAGAAGGGAACAUGGAUGUGUGGUGGAUUGUUCAUGAUGGCGGCAUGCUGAUGUUGCUUCCUUUCCUUCUUCGACAGCACAAGGUGUGGAGAAAAUGCAAAAUGCGUAUCUUCACUGUUGCCCAAAUGGACGACAACAGUAUUCAAAUGAAAAAGGACCUUCAGAUGUUUUUGUAUCAUCUUCGCCUUAAUGCUGAGGUGGAGGUUGUUGAAAUGUUUGAAAAUGAUAUUUCAGCGUUCACGUAUGAGAAGACUCUUAUGAUGGAGCAGAGAUCGCAAAUGUUAAAACAGAUGUCCUGUAUUCAGAGCAUCACUGAUGAGUCUCGAGGCUCAAUCAAAAGAAAAAGCUACUCUAGUCCUCAGUCCAUUGGUCAAGAUAUACAGGCUCUGCUGCCUAAUGACAAUCCAGAGAAAGAGCGCUACUAUAUUUUGAUCUGUUCUCUCCAUUUAUUUUUUGGUCAGGCUCAGUUAAUCCAUGAUAGAAACACUGCAUCUCAUUCAGCGGCAGUUCUUAAGUGUGAUGCUACUGCUGCUGCUCCUGAAAAAGUACAGAUGACCUGGACUAAAGAAAAGUUAAUAGCUGAAAAGCACAAAAAUAGAGAAACAAAUUUAACAGGUUUUAAAGAUAUCUUCAACAUGAAACCGAAUCAGUCAAAUGUGAGAAGAAUGCACACUGCUGUGAAGCUCAAUGGAGUAAUAUUAAAUAAGUCACAACAUGCUCAGCUAGUUUUAUUGAAUAUGCCUGGACCUCCUAAAAACAAAAAAGGGGAUGAAAACUACAUGGAGUUUUUGGAAGUUUUGACAGAAGGUCUGAACAGAGUUCUCUUAGUGCGAGGUGGUGGACGUGAAGUGAUCACCAUUUACUCCUAAUGCUGUUACUGAACGUGAAAAGAUAAACUGCAGCAAUCUGACCAUUGAAAUGAAAUUGCCUGUGUACUUGAAAUGAUAUACCAGCUUAAUCCUCUGAUCAUGUAUUCUGUUUUCUUUUAAAGGUAUUUAUUUGAAAUUAUUUCCUUUAUAUAUUUAUCUUUGUAAAAGAAAUUCAUUUACUGUAGUAUUAAAUAAAUGCUGAGGAUCAGGAGGGCAUUUUUAAAACAAUCUUGGUUUGAGAUCCAAGAAAGGAAAGGUAAUUUUUUAUGGCAGAUAAAGUAACUCAUGUUUUAAAUCUGCAUAAUCAGCAUAAAAACAGAAACCUGCAUUUUUAGUAACAUUAAUUGUAUUAGUUUGUUUGUACAAAAGGAUGUUUAAAUUAUGUUAAAAUCUCUUAAGUGUAUGAACAAAAUAUGCAAUAUUUGGCAAGAAAUUCUGAUCUGAUUAUGUUGUCCUCGACAAAUGCUGCUGCGGUGCUUCUGUGACUGGUCUGAUCACAGUUUCAUCUUGGGUCUUCUGGUACAUAUUGAUUCAGAAAUAUAUACAGACAUUUGACAUUUGAUUAUGGGACAUAAAAGGAAAUUGAAAGAAUUACUAGAUUUCAAAAUUGGUUAAAUAAAAAUUCACAAUUCAAUCAUUGCUUAUUACUAUAAUUCUUUGAAAUUACCAUUUGUUUAAACUUAUUUUGAUAACUUUGCUGACGUCACUGAGUUAUCUAUGACCCCUUUGCACUACAGCUGUGUGAGGAAUAAUCUCCAAGUAGAAAUGAAGGUAUUCUGUCUACCCUUUCACACACAAUUGCUUUCAUGCUUGUACACUGUGUGCCAGUGACCCCAGCUAGCGAAUAUCUUCAAGGGGCAGUUGCAUUUUGGAGCAGUCUUGUGAACAGCGGUCAGGACUGGAGUAUAUUAACCAUCUCCUUUUUAGAUCAUGGACGUAGCAAGUGAUGGGAAAGAGAAUAGGGAUAAUGGGUCAUUUCUGUAUCCCAUGUCUGUGAUUCUGUCUUGUGGCAGCUGAUUAAUUUUCAACAUGCAGCAUGUUCAAAUUUUCAAAUUCAAAUGAUAAAACUGAAGUGUGGGAAUUAAGGAGGCUCGCUUUGCCCAAUUAAGAGUACUCUUCUGCUUUAAGUUAAAUGCAAGGACAGUCACUCUGUUUCUUUAUAUUAUUUUUAUUUCUUCAAAGCGAAUCUGAUUUUCUGAAAAGUGAGGUUUCAUUUAAAAUAAAUAAAUGAAGAAUUUCUUUAUCAACUGAGUUGAGCGUAAACUAUUAAAGUUUGUAAUUAAUUUGUAACUAUUAGUUUGAUAUAGUAAUUUUAAACUUUUUGUCAGUAAUACACCUCUGUGCAUUAUGAUUGGCCAUAAAAUUAAGUUUGUAAAUUGCAUCGUAAAACUGUUUUCAACUGCCAAGUGUCUGGUGAUACUGAAAAUAUCUGGCCACAAAUAUUGAAAUAGUACCAUGGGGCUAUACUAAUUUAAAGGGUGUGGCAUAAGUACACUAAAGACAAGAUGUAAUGUGUAAAAUAAAAUGUUUGUAAUACUGUUUGGGGUACAUAAUUUCAUAUUUUAAAUGAUAGAUCUGCCAAUAUAUUUUCAGUAAGCAUUUCAGCUAAAUAAUUUUUCUACAGAUUUUCUUGAUGAAGUAUAUAUUCAGUCACAGAUAAAAAUGGCUUACAAAAUAUAUUAAAGAAAUAUUCUACUUGUCCACUCAUUUUACAUUAUGUUGUCUUUCUACAAUGCUAUCUUAUGCUUAUAGUCUUUAUAAAUAAAUAUUUUUACACAUAUUUAUAGCUACUUUAGAAAUAAAUGCUGUAUGGUCCAGGCCCCUUUUUGAAAGAUUUCUACAGUAGUUUUGUUUCAGUAUUGCUUAAACUUGCACAUUUUUUGUUGUACGCUUUCUUUGCAGUUCUCUGGUUUAGAAUAUUGCAAUAUGUGGUAGAGUAGUUCUGUGUACCAAAGCUCAUAAAAUAUUAAAACUGAAACACGUUUCCUAUUAUUUGUAAUAAUAAUCUGCUAAACUAGUUAACCUAGUUCAUAACUAUUUUUUCAAAAAGUACUAAGUGAUUAAACACUUUUUCAGAAUUAAUCUGAAUUUAUUAACAAAGCAGAACCAAUACUACAUACUACAUGAGGCAAUUAUUUCCAAAAUAAUUAUAUAUCUAAAAAGUAACUAUGUUUUCUAAACUGAGAGAUGAAAAAGUACGUUGAUGUAAUAUGCAUUAUGAUUAUGUACUUCAAAGAAUCUAAAAAAUAUCUGGUCAAAUAGUGGAACAAAAUCCAUCAUUUCUUUAUUCAUUAUUGUAAGCUACUCUGCCAUUGAUUAGAGUUAGAGGUACAUAUCAGUGUGCAGAAUUUUUCAGUGUAUGCAAAUAGGUCUUUUAACUUAGUACUUU